GAAACAGCAGAAACGUCCACUCGCUUCCCUCCUCUCCUCUUCUGCCUCCGACGAAGGAAAAACCAAAAAUUAGAAGGAAGAGGAGAAAGAAGCUCAGCUGACUCUCUUCAAUGUCGCCCGUGCUGAAUACUGUCUUAUCCUUAAGAUUAUCCUUACCCGGUGUCUACGCCGGCAACAGUACCUACCGAGUUCGGACGCAUUCCGCUUCACCUCUCGGCGUUUCUGCUUCUUUUCCCCGGCGUAGACUGACGAUUAGGGCGGCGGAGACAGAUACAGAUAAAGUUGAAUCUAAGGUUCCGGAUAAGGCACCUGCUGCUGGUGGCGGAUCUAGCAUUAACCAGCUUCUUGGCAUCAAGGGAGCUGCUCAAGAAAAUAAUAAAUGGAAGAUUCGUCUUCAACUCACAAAGCCUGUCACCUGGCCUCCACUGGUAUGGGGAGUAGUCUGUGGAGCUGCUGCUUCUGGAAACUUCCACUGGAAUUUGGAGGAUGUUGCCAAGUCAAUUAUUUGCAUGAUGAUGUCUGGUCCAUGUCUCACAGGCUAUACUCAGACCCUCAAUGACUGGUAUGAUAGAGAGAUUGAUGCAAUUAAUGAGCCUUAUCGUCCUAUUCCUUCAGGAGCAAUAUCUGAGAUUGAGGUUAUUACCCAAAUCUGGGUUCUACUUUUAGCAGGCCUUGGCUUAGCAGGUUUAUUAGAUGUGUGGGCAGGACAUGACUCCCCUACUCUAUUUUAUCUUGCUCUGGGUGGAUCCUUGCUUUCAUACAUAUACUCAGCUCCACCUUUAAAGCUGAAACAAAAUGGAUGGAUUGGAAAUUUCGCUCUUGGAGCAAGCUAUAUCAGUUUGCCUUGGUGGGCCGGCCAAGCUUUGUUUGGCACCCUUACACCUGACAUAAUUGUUCUCACACUCUUGUACAGCAUAGCUGGGUUGGGUAUUGCCAUUGUUAAUGACUUCAAAAGUAUUGAAGGAGACAAAGCACUUGGACUGCAGUCAUUACCAGUAGCAUUUGGUGCUGAAACAGCUAAAUGGAUUUGCGUUGGUGCUAUUGACAUAACUCAGAUUUCUAUAGCUGGUUACCUCCUUGGGACUGGUAAACCAUAUUAUGCGUUGGCUCUACUUGCCUUGAUAAUUCCGCAAGUUAUAUUUCAGUUCCAAUACUUCCUUAAAGACCCUGUCAAGUAUGAUGUUAAAUACCAGGCAAGUGCUCAGCCAUUUCUGGUGCUAGGCUUGUUGGUUACUGCUCUAGCAACUAGCCACUGAUAUGAUGGCCAGAAGGCAAAUAAGAUUUGGAAAAUUACUUGAAAGCUGAAGAGCUUACGGUACGAAGGAGAUAGAUAGAAUUAAGCAUCCCCUGCUUCACAUGUAUGUAAAUUAUGUGAGCUUUCUCUCCUGCCUUACUCUUCCUGAUUGCCUUGAAGACUUGAUCAAGUAAUAAGGUUUUAAUGGUCUUUUUUUCCACUGUCAUUUUCUAGAACUAGUUUUUUCCUCUAUAUUUUUGUUCUAUUGUCUUCUCUUCUAGACAAGAAUUAAAAGCAGUUUAAUUUGUGCCUGAAUUCUGAAUAAUUUGUUCUUUUAAAU